AUGGCCAACACCGACCUGCAGCUGCCGCCGUUCGUCGACUCGGUCUCAUCUGUCGCGUUCCACUCUCGCAACCCGCACCUCCUCCUCUCGAGCAGCUGGGACCGUAACGUCUACCUCCACGACCUGCGCAACCCUUCUGGACCUCGGAAACUCGGCCUGCGCGGCGCCAUCCUCGACGUCGCAUGGGCAAAGGACUCGGACUGCAUCGGGUACGCCGGCGGUCUCGCCAACGAGGUCAGGACGGUCAACUUUGAUUCGAGCGAGACGCAGCUCAUCUGCAAGCACGACGACGCCGUGCGGUGCGUCGAAUGGAGCGACGAGCUCAACGCCGUCAUCUCGGGCUCGUGGGACCAGACGCUCCGGAUAACGCCCCUCGACCCGUCCACCUCUCAACCCUCGCCCACCCCGAUCGUCCUGCGCCUCCCGCACAAGGUCUACUCGCUCGUCGUCUCGAAGAGCAAGAUCGUGUGCGCCAUGGGCGGGCGCGCCGUGUGGAUAUGGGACGUGCCGGCGCUCAAGAAGGCGAUCGACGAGGGUAAGAAGGGCGACGCGAUCGAGCCGUGGCAAAGGAGGGAGAGCAGCCUCAAGUUCAUGAUGCGCGCCGUCAGGAUCAUGCCCAACGACAAGGGCUACGUCACGACCUCGAUCGAGGGCCGCGUCGCAGUCGAGUUCUUUGACCCAGCAGCCGACGUCCAGGCCAAGAAGUACGCGUUCAAGUGCCACCGCCAGGUCGUCGAGGGCGUCGACACGGUGUACCCGGUCACCGGGCUCGCGUUCAACCCGGUGCACGGCACGUUCGCGACCGGCGGCGGCGACGGCACCGUGUCGGUGUGGGACCCGAGCGCCAAGAAGCGCCUGCGCCAGUUCCCGCGGUACCCGGCGCCCAUCUCGGCGCUCGAGUUCUCGGCCGACGGCAACUCGCUCGCGGUCGCGUUUUCCGAGGCCGACGAGGGCGGCACGACGACGGCCAAGGGCGCAGGGCAGGGCGGCAACGGCGUGUGGAUCCGGACGUGCGGCGACGAGUGCAAGCCCAAGGCCAAGUAGAGUCGGCGGCAAGGAGCGGGUCCCGCAGCUGCUGCAACUCUCAGACUCUGUGCGACG